CGUGAAGUUUGUAACAUGUGAUGUUUCGUGAAAAGUGUUAAUUUUUUUAAAACUAUAGUGUUAAAAUAUGGACUGAAUUGUGCCUGAAAGUGAAGAAAAAUAAUUAUAGUGUGUGCUUCCAGUGGUGUGAUUGUGGUAUAUACAGGAAUUACAUAAAUUACGAAUUACAUGGAUAUAGCCGUCACUUGAGGUUGUAAAAGAUAUGGAGUCGCAUAUUCUGAAUAUGUACCAUCAACCACGUUUCCGUUCUAUCGGACAUAAGUUAAUACGGUCCACAAGUGAAUCACUAUCUUCUGAAGGCAGCUGUCAACAGAACAGUCCGGAAUAUACACAGGCGCAACAAACCAAUCAGUACGAAGAAGAAAGCAAUGAGGGGGAAUUUUGGCAGCCACAGGAAAAUCAGGGUCAAGUAUGGAAUGAUAGAAAUAAUGAAAAUUGUGUUACCGAACAAUCAAGUCAAGACUCAAGCUCUGAGGAAGAAGAUUAUGUUGUACAAGACAAUGGGGGUCUAGACAGAACAGCACUAGAUGUUAGUCAUAUAGAACAAUUAAGUAUUGAAAGUGUAGACAACUGUUCAUUAGUGGAAGGUGCUGACUAUGAUGUUAUCCAAGUUUAUGCUGUACAUCCAGAUUUUGAUCUUGAAGCGUCGUCCGAUGAAGAUGAACAGAAUGAUUUUUGUAUACAGGAAAACUCUGAUGAAUCAGAUUCAGAGGAAAAAAAUGUUAAUAACGUUCAAGAAGACACAAACGAGUCUUCUGAUGAUAACGAUGAUAGCAACAGCGAAACAUCGGAUAUAAGUCAUGACGGUUUAGGUAUCAAUUUAGACACUCCGGUAGUUUCAAAUGUCGAUGAAUAUUUCAUUAAAGAUACAAAAGAAAAGAAUAUACUGGAUGUAAAAGAUGAACCUAUCGUCAAUGACGUGGAUGAAUAUUUUAUCAAAGAUACAAAACAUGCAUCAACUCCUAUAGCUCCUAUAGCAGAACUUGAACCAGUUCCAAGUAUACCCAGUAUAGACGAUUUAUUAAUUAAAAAGCAAUCAACAGCUUCAGCAUUCCACAUACCUAAAGUUACUCCGAUUAUCACUGAUAUAUUUGAAGUAUCCCAAAAUGUUAAAGACGAGGUAAGUCAAGAUGCGACCGAAGGACAAGAUCAACCCGACGAAGUACCGAUCGCUGAAACAGUUUUGGAUAUGCGUGGCAACCAGAUGCCAAGAAUGUUUAGAAAUGUUGACGAUAUCAAAAAAUUUCUAUUCUCAGAUAUUAGUGACACAAAAUAUAAACAUGCACAGAAAUCAUGUUCUGUGCCCCAUUCACCUAUGCAUAGCAUUUGCAUGGAUAUUGAUGCUAAAACAUGUAUGAGCUUCGAAGACCUUAACCUUGAUUUAACAGACAUAACUUUUGACAGUGACAAAGAUAAAUCUGCCAACAGCUCUAAAAGUGACGACAUUCCACGUACUUUAACCGAUGAAGAUGUUAAUAGCUUUUUAAUAACAAAUAAAACACCACAAAUCAGCACUUUGAAAACAGAAGACGAUUUCAAUCCACAAGAUAUGGAAAUAGACGGAUCAAUCGAAACAUCUAUUGAUAAUAUUGAUAAUAUACCACCAAUAAGGUUGGCUAGAAACAAUUCGUCUACACCAAUUCCAAAUGUGUUAGAAUUCUGCAUAGAAAAAUCUCCAGUGAAAAAGGAAAAUGAGCUUAAAGUGGAAAUAGAUGAUUUUGUUGAUGUUGAGUCUUGCAACGAAACUGUCAACCCCAUAUUUGAAGAAAGUAAUGUGAAAUCUCGCUUUGAACCGAUAAAUAUAGAGAAUAACAUUAAAGCAAAAAAAUCAACGAUCAAAAUGAAUGAACAAAAAGUGAAACCAAGUAACGCUUUAACGAAUGGUAUGCGACUACAAGAUGCAGGUGUUCAACUAAAUAAGAACAAAAUGAGGAAAAUCAUGAUGCCGACUUCAAUAAAUACAGCCGUCAGGCGAUCACCAAGUCCAGUUCGUUCCGAUCACGAUUACUGUUCGUCGAAAAAACGUUACAAUCUCGGUUUGAAACAAGGACAGAGUCUUUUAAAACCCGAAGUCUUAUCAAGUAAUAAUAGAAUUUUGAAUUCUAGACAUAGAUCAUGCAAGAAUAAGAAAAUAGUAUACCAUUUGAGUAGCGACGAAGAGAGUGAUAAAUGUAACAAAACGAAAAAAGCUACAAAUCUUCGUUCCAGUGAUGAUAAUGAUGUAAAAUUAAAAAAGUCAGUUGUAAAACAACCUGUAAAGGCUACCGUUCCAUCUACUUGCCGCAAGAAAACAUCGCCUGUGCGUAGUGCUCCUAAUGAUACGAGUUUUGGUAAAGGCAACGAUUCUGUGAUGGUUAAAAAUGCUUGUAAAGCAAGUGAUAAUCCUAGUAGUCAAAGUUCUAAUGGUAGCAUUAAGUUAACUAUUAAAAAUAAAUCUGAAGUAAUCAUUAAAAACUGUGAUGAUAUUAAAGACUAUAAAAAAGAUAAAAAAAUCGAAAAAAGUAAAUCGAUAAAUGUUGUAAAUGACAAAUCAAACGUUAAAAAUAAUGCCGUUAAAGUCAUCGAGACUGUAGAUAGUAAUAAAAAUAAAAUUGUAAAUAAUGUUGACGUACAGAAUAAUACUAGAGUAAGCGUAAAAGAAGAACAUUCAAAACCAGAACAUUUUUAUGCAGCACUAUUUAGUAACAAACAAGAUGUUCUUAUGCCGAAUACGGUCGAUAUAAAAACGGAGAAACGAUCUCAUGAAGAAGAUUUGACUCGGUUUAAUUCGCCUGAAGAUAUAAUUACUAAAAUUGAAAUGGAGCAACCUCAAAAGAAGAAGAAACUAAAUCUACAAGAAUAUAAACUAAGGAGAGGGGCUAGUUCUAAUAACAGUUCAGCGACCGUGAGCCCAGAAUCAAUAUUCCCUGAUAUGCCGAUUCCAGAUAUCAGUAAAAUUGUAAAAUCUACAACGAGUCAGACUCCUGCUAACACAGGCUUGAAUUGUGCUCCAAAAGCUGAUUUAGAAGCUCCUAAGAAAAUAUUCGAUCCAAUUAGGGAGGCAUCUCGGAAAAUAUUAAUGAAUAAUAAAAAACAAAAAGCUGAAGCUAUAAGGAAAAGAGAUGAAGAUAUCGUAAUGAGUAAAAUACCGAAAGUAGAGAAUUUAGAGUUACAACCUCUGAUCAGUGAGGCCGAGAUGAUGAAGAUUGUUGGCAUGGCAACUGAUAUCCUCCCAGCACCAAGAGUCGUUGAAAAGAUCCCACCAUCGAGUGAUUACGAUGAAAUCGUUGUAGUUAGCAUUGGAACUAAUACGGACGAGGAAGUGUUUAAGAAAAUCGAACUAGAAGUUGAAAAUGAAAAGAAAAAAUCACAACCGCCCCCAACAGACAUAAAGUCAACGAUUAACUUUAAAAUCAAGAAACCCGAUCAUGUUCUUAAGCACAACAUCUUUGAUACCGUUCAAAAAGAUAAAAGUCCAACUGAAGAAAAUAAAAUUAUUGACAUAAAAUUAAACCAAGACAGAUAUAAAGAUAUAACGGCUACCUUAAAGAGUGUAGAAAAACAAGUCGAAACAAAAAUAUCGAGUAAUUCGUUGUUUGCUAGUAUACAGGAUGUGGUCAUGAAAAAAGCACCCGAAGUAACGAUUUUGGCAUCAACUAAUGGAGAACAUAAAUCCAAAUCUAAUUCUUCAAUAGAAAAGAAAAACAGUUUUAAAGCACCUAAGACGUUAAUUAUACGUGAAUAUGACGUUCAGGUUGAACACGGAGAGGAUAAAAUAAUUUUACAUUUAGAAAAGCAAAGAACAAAACCUAGUGCUUUAAGUAUAGCAAUUCAAACGAAUCCUGUACUGAAGAUUGUAAAUAAAUCUAAAAUGGCAACACCUGAAAAGGUCGCUAUCCCAAAAGAGGAACCGUCCACAAAUAGAAAGAGGAACGAUAGUGACAUGUCAAUGUCCAGUGAAAGCAGUCCGGAUCGUACAAAUAUGGACAAUAAAAUCGCUAAAGUAGAUGAAAAAAGUAUAAAAUUAAAACCCGAGAAGCGGGAAAGCAGCGCGCAAACGAAAGAGAAACGAUCGAACUCAAGGGAUCGUUACGAUUUCAAAUACCGUAGGUCAAGGUCGACAUCUCGCGGACAUAGAAGAAAACGAUCACCUAGUAGGAAUCGUUCUAGAUCCAGGAGUAGAUACAGACGGUAUAGACGAUCUGAUUCCCCGUACAGAAGGAAAAGGAGGUCGCGCACAAGAUCACCUUAUCGUAAACGAAGAUCGCCUACGCCUAGACGUGAAUAUAGGCAAAGAUCUCGCUCUAGAUCCAAACACGCGGAGCCUAAGAGGUCAAAAAGUCCGGUUAAAAGGACUAGACCCAGUCCUCAGUAUGAAAGCAAUACUGCUGAUAAAAAAACUCUUAUUUCACUUACACCACCUUUAAUACGAAAGCCGACUGUUUCAGAAAGCUCCGAAUCGUCCUCUAGCAGUAGUUCGUCGUCUUCGUCGAGCAGUAGUAGUUCCUCUGAGGACUCCGUCAAGUCCCGUGGCUCCAGUACAUCAUUCAGGAAGGAGAAGACGUACACCACGAACAAUUACAGAAGAUCUUACAGUUCUGAAGAUGGGGAGAACAACACACCAGUGGAAGAACGUCGUAUAGUUUUUGUGGGCAAGCUAGAGAAGGACUUGAGCAAAGCCGCACUGCGCGCCUUGUUUAGCAAGUUUGGUCCUAUCACUGAAGUUAGGAUACACACUAAGGAUGACGGGUCUAGGUACGGUUUUGUGACAUACCGCAAGUCGCGAGACGCGUGGUCGGCCGUGGAAGCCGCCGCUAGCUUCCCGCAGUACGAUGUCGGCUUCGGCGGCCGCAGAGCAUUCUGCAGGCAGACAUACUCCGACUUGGAUGGCCUGGAGGCUAAAUAUUCAGAGAGUGCGUUUCUGGGACAGGCGGCGUUGCCCGCGCGUCGCAAUGACGACAUGUCCUUCGAACAAAUGCUCUUGGACGUGAAAAAGAAACUGAACCAGCGCAAGGGCGAUAAAAAACGCCACGACGAAUCAGUGGCUUGACAUUUACUCGACCUUUGCCCGAAAUCCGCGGGCAUAUGUCACGUUUUCGCCUGUCAAAAUGACAGCCGGAUUUCGCGGGCUUCUUGUGCAAUGACAGUGACAGCUGUCAAGUUGACGUUUCAUUGUGAUGUAAAAGACUUUAUUGUUCCGGUGUUGAUUUUGCUCACACGAUGUACCUAUGUUUUUUAGUUAAAUUAUGUUAGUACAUUGUUUGUCAAUAGUUUAGUUGAAUUUACGUUUUGUAAAAAUUAGUUUAUGUUUUUUUUUUCUCAUACGCGUACAUAGAUAAAUGAUUUUUGUUAACGCCUACCUCUUAUUUUAAUGCA